AUGGCAAUCAACCAGAAGAACAUCUGGGUCGCGGCGGGCGACGGUGGAGACGUGAAUGUCACAGAUGAUGACGGAGAUACGCCGCUUUACACAGUCGAGAACGUCGAGACUGCACGGUAUCUCGUCGAACGUGGCGCGGUCGUAGACCGUCGCAAUCUGGAGGGUGUCUCACCCAUCGAAUACCUCAGCGAUGACUUUGAAGAAGUAGCUGCCUACCUCCAGACCAAAUCGUCCCUCCCACCACCAUCAUCCCAGCCAUCCUCAACAAACCCUUCUCAACACGCACAAGAUGCCGCAUCUGAGCAACUUACCUCCGAGCUGAUGGCCUCUGUGCAUGAGAUCAUGCAACGAGGAGAGCAAGACGGCUGUGAUGUCGAUUCACAGCUGGCCCAAGCCGUUACCCGAGCCGUCUUGGGAGGGGUUGAGGCGGGAUACCAACUUGCAGAUGGCACUACUGACUCGGAACGACAACGAAACCAAGCACCUACCGCGGAGGACACCUCUUCAACAAAACGACCGCGGAUAGACUAG